AGUUUGUAACUACUUUGUACUACUCUAAUCUUAUCUUAAAAUGAUAACUAAACCUCAUACAUACUGGAAAACUCUUUUAAUCUUCUUUCCGUUACAUUGCAAUUUAUAUUUCAUAAAAUUGACAGAAAAUAUACAAAUUUCUCUUUUCAUAAAAAAUCUUGUUAACGUUUUUUACAAACUUUAAAAUCUAAUUGGGACUCGUGUCAUGCAGGUAUCCGUACCACGACGGGUAGCUCAUUCUUUUACCGUGGAUUCACAACGCAUUCAUGCUAGACAGAACAAUAUCGUUUAAUGUUUACUUGUAUUGUCAAAAGGUUACUUACAUAAUUUGCAAUAAUGAGCCUCUUCGAAUUUUUAUCUCGAAGGCGAUUAGAGUGCAUACAGAUCACAAGACUUCGAUCGGAAUCAGCUUUGUGCCAAAUUAUACACCGUAUUAUACAUAACACGGUGUAUAAACAAGCGUGAAGUCACUAGCCAGCGGCACAACCAUAGCCAUAGGACCAGGUGACGAGCGCAACUCGCACCAAGCGCCGCGAACACAUUCACCCACCAGACACGGAUACCGACACUAACAUCCACACCACGGGGCUAUAUAAGGCCGACCGCGAAGCAUUAAAACAAGUUCAGUUCGAACUCCUGAUCCAGGGUUAUCAUUCUCUAACUAUGUCGCCGACAUAACCGACACGCAGCGACGCAGUAAUAUACACUGGUAAAUCGAUCAAAUUCAUGAAAAUAGACCUGUUUUUUUGUUUUAUGGUUGAUUCUAGAGCUAAUUACCAUGAAUUUCUAUCCUAUUUACUUCUUUCUAUUAUUAUUACGUAGCGUAUAAUGUAGGGUCAUAGAUACUUGCAGCUUUGAAUAUGUCACUCGCAUUAUUCCGACAAAAUUCCAUAGGUAUGUCAGAUGUACAUUUUUUAUUUAACCAGAAAAUUUACACUAGUGAAUUACAAUAGUGACUUACACUCCGCAAUGCACCAGUAAAUCCCGCAGAGGUACUCGCAGGUACCUGUUGGCAGGACUGGCCACUCUUAUCUACUAAAACUUAAUACUAAUUACAAUUCCUUUAUUAUAACACAUUUCCCCUUACAAGAGAUCCUCUUACAAUUUAAUUUUUAAAUAGAACCUAAAAUUUUCAUCCCUAGUAUUUUAGCAUAUCAUUCAUUCAUCCUAAUCCAUUCCUUUAUUUUACUUUUCGCUGUUUCAUAUUUGUUUACAAACAUUAUAAUUAACAGCUAAUUCAGCGUCGUAGUCGGCACUGAAUAUCGACAGCCUCUAAAGUAAAUGCGCAAAAACUACGAGAACAAUUCUCUUAUCAUACGCGUGAAUGAUAUGAUUUUUACCUUGAAUUAUAGUCUGUAAACCGUUAUCAAAUAGUUGCGAUCUUAGAAAAUAAAGCCGGAAAUCUACAAACUUCACUACAUCACGAUGUGAUUUAGAAGUGAUGAGAAGUGUACGACUGCAGUAGAUAAAACUACGAUUAGAGCAAAUAAUUCACGAAAAGUGAAUUAUGGUGCAACAUGUGAUGAAAAGUUUACUCCACUCGAUACUUCUGUGGUAUAAAAUUAGAGAUAUACAUAUACUUGCAUUCACAAUGAGUAGAAAUCACGCCAUUAUUUCCGACCGUGCAGUCAAUACGCAGUAAUUUCUGUCCAGAAAGUUUUGCCCAAAUCGGGCCCAGAAAAAUUCGCGUCUGAUAAGAGUUUCUGCGCGGAAUCAGGUCAUUUCAUAGAUAUUGUUCAUAUUAGCACGAUAAUAGCGCCAAAUGUCUUGUCUAACAAAACUAAGCUUAAAAUUUAUACCCGUUGGAACACUCAUCAUGGCUUCAAGUAUGUACAUGAGAUAAGAAUUUCAUAUUUUGCUUGACAUCGGUAAUCAGGGCCAAAAUCUCAAACGAGCCAAUUGAAAUGAUAGCUUAAUUAAGGAAUUUUUAUUCAUCAGCUCUUAGUAUUUCACAAAAGAAUACAUUUCAAUAGGUUUCGAUUUAUAGUUCAGAAGCUAUUCAAAAAAUUCAAAAUAAUGCCUUGGGUCGUGGUUUUCAAUGAUCAAACAUGAGAAUUUUCUAAUAUUUUCUGGCAAGUGGCUUAAUAGGGAUCGAACAAUUUAACUUCAUUAUCAACUUUACUAGAUUAACUUAUCAAGAAAUAAAUUUAUAAAUGUGUGCUUCAUGACUUGGCUAUGCACGGAUUCAAAUUAUCUGUUGAGAAAAGAGUGCUACAAUAAGCAGAUUUCCAGAAUAACUCGACUUGUCCGUUGUCGUUGUAGUGCAGUGUAGCUCAGUCGUCGAGUGAGAUCGGUGGCCUCCCCACGGUUCCUCAAGAUCGAAAUCGGUUUCAGUGCGCAGAUAAACAGACGUUCAAGACUGACAGCUUCAAAAUGACAUUCCCAACCACCUCCAUAAUAUCUCUGCGGAUCCUGGGCCUAUUCCCUUUCCAAAUGCACAGUCAUUACGUUAUGUGCAGGAAGCUCAUGCGAGAAUUGGCAGUCAAAGGUCACCGAGUCGACGUCUACAGCUACUUUCCGUUGAACCAAAAAAUACUGAAUUACCACGACUAUAGCUUGGCCGGAACCUUGCCAGCUAUCUCGAAUAACAUGAGCUUCAAAGAGAUUCCGCUGGUUUGGGGAUCGGACUCUAUCAAAGAAUGGCUCAAGGCGAUGGGCAUACCGAUCUGCCGGCUAUUGGGGCUGCCGAUUUUCCAAAACCUGCUACACGAUCCACCGAUAGAUGCACCUUAUGAUCUUGUUAUAAUCGAGUUAAGCGCCGCGCAGUGCUACAUACCAUUCGGUCGACGAUUAAAUGUUCCUGUAAUCGGUGUAGUGACAACGCCCUACCUGUUGGACUGGCAGUACGAUUCAUUCGGAACACCGAUAAACCUAGCAAUCGAUCCAAGCUGUGCCAGCCAAUACGAGGCGCGAAUGAAUUUUCUGGAGAGACUUGACAACUUUGUGCUCUAUAACAGGGCGUAUUGGACCUUCGUUCUAUCGACUCGUGAACACGACAAAGUCGUCGAGAGGAUCUUCGGUCUAGGACUACCGGAAUAUAUUACCGGUUUCAGCAAAUUCAAGUUCUGAAACUCAGGAGGCGAUAUACUACGGCUUACCAUUGCUGGGCAUUCCGCUCCUCGGUGACCAGCACUUCAACGUAAGGGCCUCCGUCAAGAGGGGAAUAGCCGUUAAACUCGAUCUACA